CUCAUGGUGGAAAUGUCUGUCCGCCUCUCGAGCUCACGCCCUUCAGAAUAUAUUAUGGCAUACGAAAGAGCUAUCGAAACCACUUGAACAUAUCACGCCUCAUCUACGAGUACUUUGUCUUAUGGCAGGACAUCAACGAUUACGGUUACCCUCCCCAGGCAUUUCUAGAUAUUCGAGCAGACGCUGUUGCCGACAUGGUACUUCGCAAGGACCAGCUUGAAGUCCAACUGAAGGACGAACAUCAACUUAUUCGAGACGGAGUCCUGAAAGACGAAAGUCCACUUGAUGAUAGCCCUGAAUUCCACGACCUCUGCAAUGCUUGCCGCAUCGGAAAUUUGAAAGGUUGUCAAGAAGCAAUCACUUCUGGAGUCAAUAUUAACGCAAGAGAUUCUUUCGAUUAUACCCCACUGAUAUUGGCAAGUCUUUGUGGGCACUAUGAAGUUGUACAGCUUCUACUCGAAUCUGGGGCACUCUGCGAGCGAGAUACUUUCCAAGGCGAGCGGUGUCUCUACAAUGCACUGAACAAUCGAAUACGAAACCUCCUUCUCGAAUACGACUAUUCUAAAAGCACCGAUCCUCUGCAACCCUUUGCCUCGCACAUUACAUCUCUGCUUACCCGACAAGAGCCAAAAACAUCGGAUAUAUGCUUGACUGCUGGGCCUGAGCAAUGGAAUUUGCACAAACUCAUUCUUUCGGCGCGAUCACCAUACUUCUCCAAUAAGUUCGUCGCUGCUCCCGAGACAUCAGUAUCAAAGCUUGCUACGUCGAUACCUGCGGAAGCUUUUCAUAUCGCCUUGAGAUACCUAUACCUAGGUGGAGUUCCGGCAGAUUUGGAAUUGACCAACACAAGUUCUGUGACUGAAGAAGCUGUUUUCAAAGGAUUGGAUAAGAUCAGCAAACAGCUUGAAAUAGAUUCGUUAUGGCAAAGCAUAUUAUCAUCAACUGAUAGACGGUUGUCGCGGCAGAGGCAGCAAGAUGAAGUUGCCCGAGGACGAAUUCAGCUUGAGACGUGGUACAAGACCAAUGUUUUGAAGCACAAAGUACAUGUGGAUAGCAGCAAAGCACAAGAGGUUAAAUGGACUCGAGACAACGCAAUAUUUGCAGAUGUAUUGCUUCGAGCAGAUGUAGAAUCACCAGACGAACCAAAAUCCGGGCAAGAAACACCGACGGCAAGAAAUACACUAGGACCUCUCAAUGGAAUACCUAUUGGUCCAUCAUCAGCAUCAAGAUCCCCGUCAGUUGCGAGGAAAUCUAAGCAGACAGUUCUCUUUCCGGCUCAUAGAGCGAUGCUUCUGAGGUCAGAAUACUUUCAGGCAAUGUUCAAGUCAUCUUUCAUGGAAGCUCAGGUCACCGAGUAUCUUCAGAUCGUCAAUGUGGAUUGCACGCCAGAAGUGUUGGAUAUCGUUCUCAACUAUCUGUAUGCGGAGAAGACCGAUAUUCCCAUAGAACUGGCAUUAGAUGUGCUCUAUGUUGCGGAUAUGCUCUUCAUUGAAAAGUUGAAAACAAAAGCCGUUAUUGUUCUGAGCACAAUCGGGAUGGGAACUAGAACUCUUGCGGAUCACACACAUGUCGAGGCUGGACAAGAGCAAGAAAUCGAGGUCGAGCCAAUCAACGUCUACGAUGUCAUCCGUGCCGCUUGGACGUUGAAAGUGCAGCGGUUGGAAACUUUCAGUGCGCGAUAUCUGGCUUACAGACUCGAGGAUUACAUCGAUGAAGAUGACUUCGAAGAAUUGAUCAAAGAGAGUGCUUCGAUGAUUCAGAAACGGCAGGAAACUGACAGUAUCGAAUUGCUUGACGAUAUUCGAUUCUACCUGUCUGAGCGAUUUCGUCUACGUUUCGAAGACUCAGGCCUCGACGACCUCAUGGAUGAGAAUGGAGAAAUGAACGCCGAGGCAGCCCAAGCCAUAUCCGAGGGGGCUGAGAGGCUUGACGAGGCUAUUGACGUAAAGUCACCACCAUCAGAUGAGAUGAAACAAGUCGAUCCAGCUUCGAAUCCGUUCCUGAACGGUGAAAUCAAAACAUUGGAUGGAGAUAUUGCAGGAGACGAGUUCACUGCUGACGCUAUUAAUUAUCAAGUGCUGCUGGGCAAGAUCGACAGGCUGCUUGAGAAGUUGAAACUGGACGCGUAGAAAACCAAAGAUAGAUACAAGAAUAGACUGUACAAACAAUUCACGUCGAAUGGAUCCAUCCACAUGG